GGGUACUUGUACUAGAUGAUUCGAGCAAUUUUCAUCAACGAGUAGAGCAGCGACAUGUAUCUAUUAACAGCGUUUAGGUAUUAAAGACAGUGGGGAAAAAAUCACGUGGUAUCGUCUCGCAGAGAUAAUUUUUUUUUUUUUUUUUCUGGAUUUGUACCGUUCUAUACAUGCAACGUAUGGUAGUGUUCUAGAAUUUCCAAUGAUACGCACAGUAAUGGGAGAACUAGAUAUUGCCAAGAACUUGGGUGUGAUCCUUAAUAAAGUCAGAGCCGCAGCUGAACGUAGACCACCAGAGUACAGAACCCACGAACCAAGAUUAGUGGCUGUCAGCAAGACUAAGCCGAAGGAAUUGGUAAUAGCAGCUUACGAAAAUGGCCAACGUCAUUUUGGAGAGAAUUAUGUACAAGAAUUGAUUGAAAAGGGGAAUGAUCCUGAUAUUUGCAAAAAAUGUCCAGAAAUUUGUUGGCACUUCAUUGGUCACUUGCAACGAAAUAAAGUGAACAAGGUUGUAAGUACUCCUGGUUUGUUCAUGGUAGAAACAGUGCAUUCUGAGAAAUUGGCAUCAGCUUUAGAUGCUGCUUGGAAGAAACUAAACGACAAUAGCAGGCUGAAAGUCAUGGUUCAAGUAAAUACCAGCGGUGAGAAAGAGAAAAGUGGAUGUGAACCAGAAGAGGCUGUGUCACUCGUAAAAUACGUUAAAGGUUUUUGUCAGAAUCUGGAAUUUGUUGGUUUGAUGACUAUUGGCAUAUAUGGCUAUGAUACAGCUUUGGGCCCAAAUCCUGAUUUUCUUUGUCUGAGAAAUGUGAGAACUGAAGUAUGUAAAUCGCUGGGUAUGAAGUUGGAAGAAGUUGAGCUGUCCAUGGGGAUGUCAGAUGAUUUUGAACAUGCGAUCGAGCUUGGUAGCACAAAUGUUAGAGUGGGGAGUUCUAUAUUUGGUGCAAGACAGAAGAAGGAUAGUAAUUCUGACAAGAAAGACUUGGAGCAAGACUUUGCUGAAAUGACACUUAAAAAAGCAGGAGGGAAUUAACAAUAUUUUAACUGCUUUGAACAUUAAUUCAACAAUGUGAUAUUAAACAGCCAAAUUUCCACUGUGAAGUGUUAAUACUAUGCGUUCUGAGUUUGCUGUCACUAUAUAUAUAUAUAUAUGUUUAGAAAUCAUUCUCUUCUAUUCUAUUGCUUGCACACCAUAACUAAAGUGUCAAGUUUUUUUUCGGCACUGUAUGGAUACACAUUUGUGGAAUUGUGGCAAUUUUUGUUGUUGUAAAAACUGUUACAUUCCUGGCAAGUGCUAGGAAUUUUGUGUUGAUAGAAAUUGUAUAUGCUUAUCAGUUUUUUCAUUGGGCUUUGCUGUUAUCAUUACUAUGUCCAUUUAGAGACAUGUCAUUCUUGAAGAUUUGUUUGCUGUGUUGGUACUGUUGAUAUGUUUUUCCUGUCAGUUACCACUAGUGGUUAAUACUUGGUGGCUUGAAAGUUCCUGUGAAAUCUGUAAUGGAUAUUGUAUGGAAGUCCAGUAUAACUAUUACUCUGUAAAUAAUAGUAUCUGUAAUUGUUGAGCAUGUACUUCCCAGUAGUGUGUGUUUUACUGUAACAAUGUAACAUAUUGGUUUUCGUGACCUACAUGGAAUUAAAUUGCCAAAAAUUAA